AUGGGGCGGUCGCCGUGCUGCGAGAAGGCGCACACGAACAAGGGCGCGUGGACCAAGGAGGAGGAUGACCGCCUGGUGGCGUACAUCCGCGCGCACGGCGAAGGGUGCUGGCGGUCCCUGCCCAAGGCGGCGGGCCUGCUGCGCUGCGGCAAGAGCUGCCGCCUCCGCUGGAUCAACUACCUCCGCCCCGACCUCAAGCGCGGCAACUUCACCGCCGACGAGGACGACCUCAUCAUCAAGCUGCACAGCCUCCUCGGGAACAAGUGGUCGCUCAUCGCCGCGCGGCUCCCGGGGCGGACGGACAACGAGAUCAAGAACUACUGGAACACGCACAUCCGGCGGAAGCUGCUUGGCAGGGGCAUCGACCCCGUCACGCACCGACCCAUCGCCGGCGCCGGCGCCGGCGCCGGCGCCGUGACCACCAUCUCGUUCCAGCCCAACCCCAACGCUGCCGCCGCCGCAGCAGCGCAGGCGCCACAGCAGCCGAUCAAGACGGCGGCGACGGCCGUCAAGGCGCCCAGGUGUCCCGACCUCAACCUCGACCUCUGCAUCAGCCCGCCGUGCCAACAGCAGGAGGAGGACGACGAGGAAGACGAGGAGCUGGACCUCAAGCCCGCCGUCGUCGUCAAGCGGGAGGUGGUGCAGGCCGGCCACGGCGGCGGCCUCUGCUUCGGCUGCAGCCUGGGCAUCCAGAAGGGAGCCCCCGGGUGCAGCUGCAGCAGCAGCAACAGCCACCACUUCUUGGGGCUCAGGGCCGGCAUGCUCGACUUCAGAGGCCUUGAGAUGAAGUGA